CCAACCAGUUGUUAUGGAUGAAGGUCCAGAGAGUGGUUAGCGCUUGUUGCUUUUUGCAGUGCAGAACGUUGGGUCACUCGCUUUAAUCGUGAUGAUGGACUAAUAACCGCGCGCCGCUACGAAUAAUACAUUUUGGAGUGUCCGACACCAUUGCGCUUGGCUUGGAUACCGUGCAACACAAUAGCGCGAGGUCGUUCCUGCGUUUUCUAAAGGGUUGUAUUUGUGAACAUUUAAAGUUCUGUGGUGGAAUUUCUCCAAACGUGGAUGUGUGUUGUGAGAGUGAUUUGUCAGCGCGAGGAUUUACGUUUGGAAGUUCGCAGGACAUGAACAAGAAGACAAUAUGUUAUUUUUAUUGUGAGAGUUGAGUAGCAGUAAAAAAAAAAAAAAAAACAUUUUUAACAGGCGUCUCUACUUUGGAAACUAGCACUGUUCUUCAUAUAAACAAAUAGGCAGUGCAGGACUGUGGAAAUGUCCAGCGAUUUGAAACCGCGGCUUUGUUUCAUGUUAAAGGGGGAGAGUGGGUAUGGGUUUCACUUGCACGGCGAGAAAGGAAAGAGUGGACAGUACAUACGCAAAGUUGAGCCCGCGUCGCCCGCUGAGGCUUCGGGGCUGCACGCUGGAGACCGUGUCAUUGAGGUGAACGGUGAAAAUGUGGAAAGAGAAACGCACCACCAAGUGGUGCAGCGCAUCAAGGCGCUGGAGCAGGAGACCAGGCUGCUAGUGGUGGACCGGGAGACGGACGAGUACAUGCGCAGCCUCCGCCUCACCUGCACGGAGGAUAUGGCCCAGCGCGUGGCCGGCGAGCCCCCCCCCUCCUCCUCCACCCCUCCAUCCCCCUCGCCCUCCUCCCCUGGACCCGCCACCCGCUCCUCCGCCCCCUCCUCGCCCCCGGCCAAGCGGGAGAACGGCUCGGUGUCUAAGCUGCCCCUGGGCCUGAGUAGCGAGAUGCCCAAGCCCACCCGCAGGUCGCCGUCCCGGGCUGCCAAGAAGGAGGCCCUGGCUCACAUCCAGGCCGAAGCGGAAGCCAAGGCCAAGGCACGUCCCCCGGUCGACCCCUCGGAGCUGUUCCCCCGGCUGUGCCACCUGGUGCGGGCUGAGACGGGCUACGGCUUCAACCUGCACAGCGAGAGGUCCCGGCCCGGCCAGUACAUCCGCUCCCUGGACGGUGGCUCGCCGGCCGACCUCGCCGGGCUCCAACCUCAGGACAGACUGGUAGAGGUGAAUGGGGUGAACAUCGAGGGCAUGCGCCACGGCGAGGUGGUGGCCUUCAUCAAGAGCGGAGGAGAUGAGACCAGGCUGCUGGUAGUGGACCCCGACACAGAUGACCACUUCAAGAGGAUGGGCGUCAUCCCCAAUGUCAGCCAUGUCAGAGACUACUCCGGUCCGUCCAUAACCAACGGCUCCUCACCCAGCCCUCAGAUAAACGGCAGCUCCUCCACCCAGUCCAUCAAGUCCACACACUCAGACCUGAGCAGCCAGGGCAACAGCACACAGCUGUGUGAGGAUGAGCCGGGCCAUCUGCUGGACCCGUUCGCAGAGCUGGGCCUGCGUCUGAGUCCCACGGCGGCCGAGGCCAAGGAGAAGGCCCACGCCAAGCGGGCCAGGAAGAGGGCACCGCAGAUGGACUGGAGCAAAAAACACGAGCUCUUCAGCAACUUCUGAAGCCUUGGCGCCGUCGACCCAAACGAUCCGUCUUUUUACGCACGCGCACGCUCCCACACAGCACACUCACUGCUAACCUCAUGCACGGAGAGAGACUUGGAAGGAUGUGCUUCUCUGUGGUACUGGGGUUAGCCGGAAUUCCAGCCCUUUGUCAAAGGACAGGGUCAAUGGGGAGAGUGGAUAUAAGCUUUGUGUCAACUUUUGAAAUCUCAAAAAAAAAAAACUUUUAUUAUUCCCUCUCUUCCAACACAGAGUCGUACGUAGACUUAGAUUCAGGGCUGGAAGAAAGAGGUGCAAGUUUGGAUCAAGCUCUGGAAGCCUUUAUCCACCUGUUGAACUUUUUCACCCUUCAACCACUAGACCGUAACCCUAACCGCUCAAGACUUUGGCUUUGGUCAGACAAGGCUGUUAUUUUUGUAUUUAAAGGUAUAAAAUAACCAUUUAGAUGAAGUAUUACCCCACUGACAGAACAUGGACGUGUGUUUUAGAGGAGAAAGAACACUGUGACUUUUAUGAGCAUGGACAUUUCGAGGGAAGCUCCUCUUCUUUGUGUUAUUUUAUAUGAACACCUUCAAAUGGAAGACCCCAUCCUCCCCUCAUUGUUGCUUUCUGUAGUGUUCUAUGUUGUUGUUAUUGUGACAUGAUCUCAGACUGCAAGUGUUGACUCGUCAGAAAGAAGCACAAACUGAAGCAGAAUAGAGUUGUUUUUGCUAAUUGUUACGUUUUGUCGUCAUUGAAUUUGUAUCUCUACUUUUUUCUAUAUUUUUGUAUAGAGCUAGGAAGCUUUUAACUAUCUCAUCACCUGGAUAUGCCUUUUAACUCAACUAUCAAAGUCAGAAAGCCACUACUGUCUGCUGAAACAAACCUUUAUUUUUCUCUCAAGUCCAUUAAAGGGAAUGGCCACUCACGUAAUGCAUCACUGGGGUUGUCUCCAUGAGUCUCAUGCCACCGAAACAUAAAUGUUGCCCAGCCCAAUCUAUUUCAAAUCGUUUUUUUCAUUAAUUGUAGUAAUUUCGCACCUCAUAAAAGCCCAGAAUUGUCUGUCAUCCAAUCAAAGAAAACCUUCCCUGGUCAGAGGUAGAGACUGGACCGCUACAGUGAGAAGGCAGAAGAGAUGUUGGACAGUGAAAAGAUGAAAGCUGUGUCCCCCAGGGGGCGCUCUUUAUCCACAUUGUACCGACUCCCCAGACGACCAGGAUUUUUAAGAUAGACAAGAAAGAGUUUGUGUUGAGUAGUAGGGAUCAUCUAGGAAUAAUUUAACCCCAGUGCAGUUUUUUAUUCUGGCCAAUGGAUCUUAUGGAAAAGUUAAAUAACAAAUAUAAAUAACCUGAAAGGAGAAUGCGAGUGUUAUGUGAGAUAACCAGUCCAUGACGACACUGUUAGACCCUAAUGGAUAAAGAAUGUGGAAGUGGAAAAGAUGGUUAACAUUUAAUGUUAAUGUGAUGUUUAGCAUUGCUAUGAGUAAUAUAAUGCUGUUGCUACAUGUGACAUUUAACUGUUUGUAUUGGAAGUGUUUCUAGGUGGGUUGGAGACAGAUGAAUGACCUCAUGCCUAGGUUGAGUGAAGUAAACAAUGUUUAGAGAAAUAACAACCCACCACUAAAUAUAAAAAAAAUACAUUUCCUCAUACUCAUUCCACAGAGCUUAGACUGCUUCAAUCUUCAAUUGAAAAAGGUGACACCUUAAAGCAAGGUAGAGGAGACAUAUCACUACUACCCACCCUGUGCUGUUUGUAUUUCAGCUUUAUAAGAUAUGGUUCAUCAUUACCAUCACAUGAUAGCACAUCAGAGCUACAAACUGACAGCAGUAAGUGUGGUCGGAUUGUUGGGGGGGGGGGGGGGGGCGUAGAUGGCUGGAGAGCAGAAGAGGUUGGUGGAGCAGGUCAGUCGUGAACAGAAAGUGAGUAUACUGAAUGUCUGUGAAAAGUAUCCUUCGUAUAGCCUUGAAGUCACUGUAGCUACUGUGGCUGCGGGAGUAAGGGGGCAGAUGACUCGGGUCUGGGAUAGAGGGGGUAGAAGAGGCAUGGAGGUCAGAGAGAGAGAUAGAUGAUGUGUGUGUGUGUGUGUGUGUGUGUGUGUGUGUGUGUGUGUGUGUGUGUGUGUGUGUGUGUGUGUGUGUGUGUGUGUGUGUAAAAAUGAAUGAGACCAGGGGAGCCACAGGGCUUAAAUGGGAUUAGGGGUAGCAUUGGGCCAGCUGUCAUACACACAGACACAUCCCGGAACAUGCCACCAUCAAACCCUGGAAGGGGGUCAGGGGUUGCCUUUAGAGGGGACCGCCCUGACCCCUGAAUGCUGGGCGGGUGGUACGGCCCGUUAUGCAAGCUAUGCCAGUCCCUGGUUCAGAUAGGUUGAAGGAACCGGGCUGGGUCCCCAGUGCUAUGUGGCGCCAACGACACACUUAUAGGACAGGGAGAGAAUAUCUGUUAACAUUUAUAGCACAGUAAUCUGAGUUAUGUCUAUCUUUACUAUUACUCCUAAUAGUACUGCACAUUGUUUUUAUGUACUCUUCUCAAUGUUUAGAGGUCUAGCAUUCUCAGCUUUGCAGUAGGUUGUGUUACUAUUGCAUACGAUGAUGGCUGUUGACCUUGAGGUGAAUGUAAGGAAUGAUGUGUAUAUAUGACAGAAUAUAUGCGUCAGGUUGCAUUUUUUUCCAAUAAAGUGUGACAAUCUCAUUCUUGAAUAUACAAUA